CUAAAAAAAAAAACCCUCAAGUCACACCUCUUCUCCAAAGCUCUCCCAUCGAUCUCUUACGCCCACCCAUCCCCGACCAGCGCCCACCCCACCUAUUCCCGAUCGGCGCCCAACCCAGCAGCAGCAGCAGCAGCAGAGGCUGCAACAGCAAUCUUGGGCAGCUGAGGAAGCUCAAUGUUUUAAAAAGUUGAUACAGGACUAUACUGCUUCUUUCAUCAAAGUAGGAGAUAAGGAUGGGAGAACUGCAGGUGGAAAAACAUGUUAAGUACAUUUUAGCCGUUGAAAAGAGAAAAGAUAACUUUGAAUCUGUGGUGAUGGAGCAUUUGAGGUUAAAUGGGGCAUAUUGGGGAUUAACAACUCUUGAUAUUUUGGGAAAACUUGAUGCUGUGGAUCAAGAUGAAGUUAUUUCAUGGGUCAUGCAGUGCCAACACGAAGAUGGUGGAUUUGGUGGUAAUAUUGGUCAUGAUCCACAUAUGCUGUAUACACUUAGUGCAAUUCAAGUCCUGGCCCUAUUUGAUAAACUACAUGUUCUUGACGUUGAUAAGGUGUCAAGUUAUAUUGCAGGCCUACAAAAUGAAGACGGAUCCUUUCCUGGUGACAUGUGGGGAGAAGUUGAUACACGGUUUUCUUACAUUGCAAUCUGUUCUCUGGCAUUGCUGCGCCAGUUGAAUAAAAUUGAUGUUGGAAAAGCAGUGAAAUAUAUUGUAAGUUGCAAGAAUGUGGAUGGUGGAUUUGGAUGCACACCUGGAGCAGAAUCCCAUGCAGGGCAAAUUUUCUGUUGUGUGGGAGCUCUUGCGAUAACUGGUUCUCUGCAUCAUGUUGAUAAGGACCUCCUUGGUUGGUGGUUAUGUGAAAGACAAGUCAAAUCUGGAGGUCUAAAUGGGCGUCCUGAGAAGCUUCCUGAUGUCUGUUACUCUUGGUGGGUUCUCUCCAGCUUAAUCAUGAUUGACAGAGUGCACUGGAUUGACAAGGAGAAGCUUGCUAAAUUUAUUUUGGAUUGUCAGGAUACAGAGAAUGGUGGAAUUUCAGAUAGGCCAGAUGACGCGGUUGACGUCUUCCACACUUACUUUGGAGUCGCUGGACUUUCACUUCUUGAAUAUUCAGGACUAAAACCUAUAGAUCCUGCUUAUGCACUGCCUGUUAGUGUUGUAAACAAAGUUAUCCUUCCAUGCCGUCCUUGAUUCUGGUGCAUAAUUGCUUUUGGUAUGAAAUUACCUAAAUGUUUGGCACUCGAAGGAAGGUGAUUGGUGUUAUUAGAACUGAAGCAUUGUUUUUGUCACUGUGGCUGGAUCCACAUUCGUAUGCUGGGAAAUUGACCUCAUCUCGUGUUCUUGUGCAACCUGUAUUCUGGCUAAAGUUUUGAGAAACAAUUUAAUAUACAUACACCAUUGUUUCCCUUCCAUAUUUUUGCAUCUUUUGGGGCUCUUGAUUGCGGGAUUCUCAUGUUUUGGGUUGUAUGUCAUGGUGGGUUAAACACCAUGUGCUCCUUUAGCCGCCUCUUGACUGUAAAUACUCGGGAGUUUUUCUAGUCCUUGUGUUUGUUACACACAGGAGAGUGUUGAUACAUUAUUUUCUCUAAAAUAACAUUAUUACAAUAUUGUUGUU